UCUCCAUGAAAAUCAAAUCCAUAUUAAACCCUCAAAUACUUCAGCCGUGGUUUUAGUGAAAGAUCUGAAAAAUGAAAAUUGCAAAUAUCAAUUUAAUGUAACAGAUAACACGUAUGAACUGAAGAAUGGCACAUCUGUUGACAACCUAAUGCCAGAUUCAGAUUACAAAUUAUUUAUUUUUGGGAGGAGAAGUAAUAUAACAAAAUCCUUUCGAACAUUACAAGGAAUACCUAGCGAAGUUAAAAACAUACAAGCCAUUAAUGUAACUUCUAAUAUAAUACAUUUAUCGUGGGAUAAACCCGAUAAUAUAAACGGAGAUAUUAAAUAUAGACUUGUUUACAAGAAAGUCAAAAGUCUUGGUUGUGGUAACAAAGGAGUAAAUCAAACAAAUGAGAAAAUGGAAGUAAUAGUAUCAAAUGAGUUUACUUUAAAAAACCUUCAAGCUUAUGCCCAAUAUGUAAUUUCUAUUAAUGCAUUUACUGUAGAAGGCAAUGGGCCAAUAAAUUCUAAAACCGUCGAAACCAUGCAGUCAGAUGAAAUAUCAGAAAAUAUCGCAUUUUUCGUUACGCCUUAUGAUAAUCUUGCUAUCAUAGAAACAAAAAUAGAUUGUCCAUCUAUAAGAGGUCAAAUUUUCAUAAAAAUAUUUGCUAACUGCUCAGAAGACUGGUGUAGUGAAGCGUCUUCUCAAAAUUUUGAAUGCAGAAAUCAGUAUUAUUCCGCCCAGCUUGAUAAUUUGUAUCCAUUUACAAACUACAGUUUGCACACCAAAGUUUGUCGUACUAAUACAUGUGAAAAAUAUAAAUUAUAUACAGAGUAUUUUAAAACUCUUGAAGGAAUACCAAAUAAAGUGCGUGAAGCUAUAAUAUAUUCCAAAGGACACAAUUAUUUUUCUCUAAGAUGGUUACCACCGUUUCCUCCAACCGGAACAAUUCGUACCUACGAAAUAAUACUUAACUCAAAUUAUUUUUACAAAAUAGCUCCAAUAAAUUGCGCAAUAUGGACAGACUAUAUCUGUUUCGAUAUAAAUGAAAACAUAGACAUGUCGUAUUAUAACAGAAUUGAGAUUUUCGCUGUGAAUACGAAUAAUAAAAUAUCGCAGUCAAUUUCAAUCAGAGCGUACUCCGGAGAAUCAAUUCCUGAUCCUCCUGAAAGUGUGUCUAUAGGGUGGAGCGAUUCAAAAUUAAUUGUAAAUUGGAUAAGACCAGUAAUAACAAACGGAAUAUUAAAAUACUACAAAAUUUAUAUUGACAAAUAUGAAAAAGAAGUUCCAGCGGAAGAAAACAAAAUAAAAUAUGAGGAAUGCACAUCAGUAGAAUACGAAAAAAGUAUUAAAAUUAAAUUAAAGUGUUGCAACUCAUAUGGUUGUUCUAGGGAUAUAUCUUUAGAAUACUGGAGCCCACCUAAUAUCCCAAAAAUUAACUAUGACUCUAAUAUUUAUACAGUUUCCAACACCACUGUAAACAUUACUAUACCAAAAUUUGAUAGAAACUGCAAUUAUUGCAAAACCCAUUUAUACAUAGCAGUAACUAAUAAGGAGCAAAUCGAUUGGGAGGAUAAUUUAAUGUAUAAUAUUUCUGCUGAAGAUACCUCUUUGUAUCCUAGAAUGUUUCAACUUAAUAUAAACAAAAGCGUUCAAAAUAUUGUCCUUACACCAAACACCCAUUAUAAAAUAGGAAUUAAAUUAGAAAAUAUAUUUCAUAAUCAAACAAAUUCCGAUAUAAAAAUAUUAAAUGUAUUUAUACCAGAGGAAUAUAGAAUUACUACAAACACACUUUCAAAUGUAUUAUAUAUAUUGCUUCCUUUGAUUAUCAUAAUAGCAAUAGUUGUUUUCGUAUACAUAAAAAAAUGGCAUAGAGUCUUUACAAAUACAGAACUCACAUCCUGUAAAAUGUUGGGUACUGAUAUAAGCGAAUCCGAUGAUAAUGAGGGAGGACUGCUAAUGGACAAUUUUAGUAAAUUGUUAAAAUCUAUUCGAAACGAAAAUGAAAUAAACAGUCAUAAAUUUCCUGCUACUACUUACUCAAAACCUGUGGCUGUCGAUAUGUUUGAAGAAUAUGUUAAAUUAUCUUUGGAAAAUGAUGAGCUGCUACAACAACAUAAGUUAUUUCCACAAGGCCAAACCAAACCUUGGGAAUACGGAGCACUAAAAGUUAACAAACCUAAAAACAGAUAUGCUAACAUAGUGGCUUAUGACCACUCACGAGUCAAACUUGAGAAAAUACAAGGCGAUGAAUAUUCUGAUUAUAUAAACGCCAAUUUUAUUGACAGUUAUAGGACAAAAAAAGCUUAUAUUGCGACUCAAGGCCCCAAAGCAAACACAGUGAAUGAUUUUUGGAGAAUGAUUUGGCAAGAGAACGUUAAACAUAUUGUAAUGGUCGCAAACUUAAUCGAAGGACAAAAAAAAAGGGUAGAAAGAUAUUGGCCGCAAAUAAACGAGUCCUUGGAGUUUGGAACAAUCAGUGUAAAAUACAUUUAUGAAAACAUAUACGCCAACUAUAGGGAAAGAGAAUUUAAAAUUACAAAAAAUAACACAGUUAGAAAAGUCUCACAAUUGCAAUUUACUUCAUGGCCAGAUCACGGCAUUCCUCUUUAUUCACAAAGUUUAACCCCAUUCGUACGAAAAAUGCUUAAUAUUAAAUCCUUUCCAAUAGUCGUCCAUUGCAGUGCUGGUGUUGGCCGUACAGGUACAAUCAUUUUGUGCGACAUAGUUUUAAGGAUGGCAGAAAGUGAAAAGAUGGUAGACAUUUUAAAUAGUCUAGAGUACAUAAGAUCAUGUAGACCAAAUAUGGUGGAUAAUUAUGAACAAUACAAAUUAGUCCAUUUAGUGGUACUAGAACAUUUAUUUGGCAUGAAAACUAACAUACCGUGUAACGAUGAUAUAAGUGCAACGGUUGCGAACAUCAUCAAAUCACAAAUAGACAAGCAAAUGAAAUAUUUGGAUACAAUUGAAUGGCAGGAUCAGGCCAUGAAGUCAAUUAUUGAAGACGAGUACGAGAAUAUAGGAAUUUUAGGAAAAGGAAAAAACAGAUACGAUGACAUCGUUCCAGAAAAAAGUGGAAAGAUAUACCUUUCACGCUAUCCAUCAGAUGACGCAUCAUCGACUUACAUAAACGCAGUGUAUGUGGACGGCUUCAAUCACAGAAAUAGAUUUAUUGCUACCCAACAGCCCAUGCCUAAUACCUUAAAUGACUUUUGGAGAUUGGUUUUUGAAACAGAAACCAAGGUUAUAAUUUCUCUCAAUGAAAUAAAUUUGCGAGAUCCGACAAUGUGUGAGUUUUGGCCGAAGAAGGAACAAAUUAUAGAACCAACUGAACACAUAAAAGUGAUUCAUUACAAAUCGGAUGUAUAUGAUAUAUUCAAAAUAAUUAAUGUACACCUUAUUGCAAAUGAGAAAAAAAUCUCAGUUGAUAUUGUCCAAUAUAUGAACUGGAAAAGUAAUCAGCUGUUGCCAGAUAAUUUACAUCAUUUUUUGUCUCUAAUGCAAGAACUAAAUUCACUCCUGCAAAGAUCUGUACCAGCAAUUGUUACUUGUCACAAUGGCGCAACUGCAUGUGGUCUAUUCCUUGCAAUGUCUUUUAUAUUAGAGAAAAUAAAAAUGGACCAUGAAUGUGACGUUUGUCAGGCUGUGAGAUAUGUGAGACACAAUAGGAAACAAUUUGUUCGAGACAAGAAACAACUUAUAUUUCUAUACAAAACAGCAGUGGAGUAUUUGAAAAAUUUCGAGUCCUACUCAAAUUUUAUGUAGGCUUGUACGAAAUACCGUUUCGUAUUACAUAGUGUUAAUAUACAU